CUUGUGGCAGGGAAGCGGUACCUGCUAACAGAAGAUGACAUAAAGUUACAAGAAUUUCAGCAGAUGAAAGUGGCAAUUAGAAAUGAAGUUCAUGGCAAUAAAGAUCCAUAUUUUAAAAAUAUUACAGAAAAAUUAAAGAAAAAUGGAAUAAUUCUCAAAAAUGAAUUAAAAAAAUUACUGCAUUUAUGUCAGACGUCAUCUGAUGUGGACCUAGCCAGAAAAGUUAUUUACAGGUACCAUGAACAGAAUGGAAUCACAGCCUUAUGUAAUUUUAAAUUUGGACCCCUCUUUAUGAGGCUAUGUUAUGAGCUGGACCUUGAAAGACCUGCAGUAGAACUUAUCAAAGAUCAGAAUUUGCAUGGGUUUUUUUCAGACAGUACAUCAUUCCAUAUUUUGAUGACUAUGUUGUUUAAAAAGGGCCAUUUUGAAAGUGCUUUGGAAGUUCUGGUAGAAAUGAAAAAGCAAGGUAUACCUUUCAACAAAGAAACCUAUCUACUUGCAUUUGCAAUAUGCUACAAACUAGUGAGUAUUUUCAGUUUACAUGAUGAAAAAGUAAGAGAUGGUUAUUUGGUAGCCUUCUAUGAUGGAGUUACAGCAUUGGUGGAUAAGGGAAGAGCACCUGACAUCAUCUGCCUGGACUUGUGCAAAGCAGUUGACACUAUCCUGCACAACAUUGUUGUCUCUAAAUCAGAGAGACAUGGAUUUGAUGGAUGGACCAUUCGGAGG